AUGGCAUCAACAAAUCCACCAUGCUCCGUCAAUUUCGAGUCCAUCUACAACGACCACGCCCAGGGAGGCGUGGCGGGCCCCAGUGGGUUCAAGGGCUUCCUUGAAAGGUUCGAGGCGGCCGCCUCCACAAACUUGAUACAUCUCAUCAAAAAAUUUAAAGAUUCCAACGACCCCGUGAAAUGCUUAGUCUAUGAUGCAAACAUAGCUUGGGCAUCUAAGGUGGCCGAUGAGGUCGCCAUCGCUCGAGCUUCCUUCUUUAUGCAAUCGUGUGCCUUUGUUGCAAGUUGCUACCCGAUGCACUGUGACUUGGCCGGGGUAGUGUCCCCAGUUGUCCCUCCUUUGCCCAUGCCCGGCCUGCCCGAACCUCGCCUCCCAAAUUUGCCCUCGUUGGGCCCUCAAGUAGGUAGAUACUCCCCUGUUAUGAGGUACAUAUUGAGCUUGUUUGACAACAAUGAAAAAGCAAAUUGGGUUUUCUUCAACUCCUUUCACAAAUUGUAA